GAGGGUGGUGUGGGUACGUGAUCACAACUGCAUGAUGCAGUCAGACGAAAGAAGGGACGAGCUGCGCCCGCGCCAGCCCCAAUGCUCCCAAGGCCGCUUAGCCGACCCUGUGCCACCAUCCUGCAGAACAAUUGCAGCAGAGACUAUCGAAAGGCAACUGCAUGACUCCCCACUGAUUGGCUGCCCGUCACUGUAGUAGCCAAAAUAAUUCGCACUGGCUCGAGACUUUGAGGCGAAAGACGGAAGACGGACGGAGAGAUGGAUCAGGGGUCGAGAAUUCCCGGUGAAAAGAGACGCAAUCCCUCCCCGACCUGGCCGAGGCUCCCCUCGACCAUUGUUUUCCUGCGACGCCGCCAGUGUUCCUUGGGCUUGCCGAGCCGCAAGCCGAUGAGCGGCCCAUGGUCGUGCUCGGUGGCUCACCGGCAGACGCGACGGUUCAUGCCCGCCAAGGGCCUUCUCCGUCGCCAGAGUAUACUGUCAUCCAAACCAUCGUACGCUCCUCAACAACCCAGGUUGCUACCGCUACCUUAGCUGCGGGCUUCCCCGCAACUCCAGCGCCCAGCUCGGACGGAGUCGGCAUCACACGCGCGCAGGUCGAGAUCAUUGUCGGAGUUCUCGUAGGGGUUGGCGGCUUCAUCUGCAUACUGCUGUGCUGCUGCUUCCGGUCGGUCCGACGAAAUGGCUGGAGCCGGCGACCGCGGCACCGGAACUCUCGCCGCAAACGUGACUCGGACGGGUCGGGCGAAAGCCCCUAUCGCCGGCCGCCGUCAAUUGCGAACAACUACUGGGACAGCGUCCCACUAGGGGGAGAGGAUCCAGUAAUCCGCCCCCCGCCGCCCCCAGUGUUCCCCCAACAAACAGGCAUACGAACCCAGUUUCCAGCCCCGCCGUCGCCCCCAUCAAGUCGGUCCGAUGCCGAGCGGUCGAGGAGCCCGUCGAGGAGCCCGCCGAGUAGUCUGAGCUCGGCACCACCGCCGCGGCCGCAACAACGACCGCAAAAACAACCAGCACAGCGUCUACAAACCGGAGAAUCUGCAGGGAAGCCAGAUGAAGGCGGCAAGUCGGGAGGCAAGGAGCAGUCGCCGCAACCGUCGCAACCGCCAACCCAGCAACAGGAUGGCGAGCAGCAGUCGGUUCAACAAACGCCGAAGCAUCAGGACAAGGAGGAGGAUUUGUGGCAGACAAAACCAGCCAAGCCACAGGAUGGACAACCAGAGGGGUCGUCGCGAAAGAUUCCCAAGGCCGAACCAGGGGCGGACAAGUCCCGCCCAGAAGUGUCUGGAGAACCACCCGCUCCAGGUCCAUCGAAAACAAAACCAACAGACGGGGAACCUUCAAAGGAGCCAGCGUCGAGUGGUAACACAAAAGAGUCAGAAUUACCAGGAGGGAAAGUGCCAGAGACUGAACCGUCAGGCACAGACAGCAGAUACAACAAGCCCACAGUUGACGAGGGAACAAAUAGAGAAGCUUCAGAGGGGCAAGGCCAAGACGCGCAGUCUCCGCCUCAGACGAUCGGAUCUCCGGCAACCAAGCCAACAAGCAAGCCCGUGGUCAGACCAAGCAGCAAACCAGCAUCCAGCCACUCGGCCUCUCCCCGAGCAACACCUCGACAAUACAAGAUUACGGCCCAUCAAAAACCUCGAAGCGAGUCGAUUGGAAGCCAAGAUUUGUCGCAAGACCUACCCAGCACGCCUCGGUCUUCCCGGGGAACACCUCGACAACACACAGCAACACAGAACCCACAAUCCCGAAGAGAACCUAUCGACAGCCGGGGAUCGUCUCUCAAGCUGACUGACAGCCCCCGGUCCCCGCGACAGCAACACUGGCCAGGGCUGGUGCCUAGCAGGCGACCAAGUCGACAUGAAGCCGGGGCCUAUGUCGGACCACCGGCAGCAGCGACUGCACAGCCACCUAACCAGAACGGCGCGAGAAUCCCGGGAAUAAACAUCGUCGACGCCGAGCCGCCCGACAAUAACACGGCAGGCCCGCCACUUCCACCAGCCUACGGCGGAUUCCAAGAACAAACAACACGGUAUCUCCCUUUCACCAUGUCCCCAUACCCGCAGACCGGACCUUCUACGGCCAUUCCGGCCCUCCCUAGGGAGUACCCCGCCGGGAGUUUCGGAGCAGGCCCGCCAGGGAUACCAGCUCUCCCUAGGGAGUACCCCGCUGGGGGGAUCGGAGCAGGCCCGCCAGGAAUACCAGCUCUCCCUAGGGAGUACCCCGCUGGGGGGAUCGGAGCGGGCCCGCCAGGGAUACCAGCUUUCCCUAGGGAGUACCCCGCUGGGGGGGUCGGAGCGGGCCUGCCAGCGAUAUCAGGUCUUCAUAGGGAGUACCCCGACGGGGGUCUCGGAGGGGGCCUGCCAGGAAAUCUAGGAAUAGGGGGAGGUGAUUAUCCCCCCACCCACCACCAUCCAAACGGAAUGUACCCGGGAACAGCGGGGGGGUUUGACCCGAACGGGCCCAACCCCCCGCCGUUUGAUGGCUACAGCGCCCGCGUCGUCAACGCGACACCGCCGCUCCCGCCCUCAGCAGCCCGCGGCGGCGCCAGACUCGCCCCGCCGCGAGACAGAAGACCCGCGCGGCGCCCGGUGGCCCGCCACCGCGUGUUUCGCGACGACGAGGACAACGUGUCGGUGCUCGACGAUGAGGUGGCCACCCAGCGCCACGGCCGGCAAGGGGUUCGCCGGCACGACUUCAGGGAAGGCGGGGACUGGCACGAAGAGCCUGCGCCGGGAGUCGCUGUUCCGGGUCCUCUCAAGGCCAAGGCGGGCAAGGGGUUCCAGGCUGCAGGGAUCCGUGCCGCGAUGCAUUUCAUGGCCGGACACCGGAAUAGAGCGGCGCCUUGAAGCGAUUGGUUUAUGAAACAGGAGGGUUUGGAAGACGGACCUACUCCGGUAAGUUGGGUCGGUAUUAUUGUCCAAUUCAAGAGUAUAUAGCAUGUAUCUACGUACGAGGUUCAAGGGCUGCCCGAGUCCGAAGUCAGAUCCAGAUCUGGUCACAUUUAUCGACCGCCGUAAUAACUCUAAUGCAACAUACAUGCACGUCAUCUACACAUGUACACGCUCAUUCACUAGCUACUGGCCUGUGCUUUCUCGGGGCUUUGACGU